AUGAAGUAUGGCGACCUCAAAGAGGUGGCCAAUAGUCUGCAAGUGAAACAACCCGUUCAACCACGUUCUUUCAGGCAAGCUGGGAGAGAUCGUGCCCUCGAGUUUGGGGCCCGGGACGAAACUUCACGAAACGAACAACGACCUGAGCGAUCACAGCAGCAGUUCGAUCGCCCAGUCCGCCAGUUUGACCGUUCCGAGCGUCAAUUUGACCGUUCAGAUCGUCAGUCUGACCGUUCAGAUCGCCAAUUUAACCGUCCAGAUCGCCAAUUUGACCGUUCAGAUAGACGACCUGACCGACGGUUCGACAACCCGCCCCAAAGGUUCGAUAACUCGGACCGCAGCGCCCCUCGUCGGGAUAAUGUCCGGAACGAUCGAUGGAAUAGCCAGGACGAAGAUUCCAGCGAUGUAUAUGCUGUUGAGCGUGCACAGAGAAAUGGAAUGAUGGCCAUGACUGUCAAAUACACGACAGCCGCUUCUCAGUUUCUUUAUGGUCGAUCGGUCGUCAAAGCAGCCUUGGAGCAGAACCGACGAAAACUAUACAACCUGUACAUCUACGGUGGCGAAAACAGGAUAGACAACAAGGACAACACAAUCAUGACCCGAAUGGCAGAGAAGUAUGGAGUGCCUAUCACGAUUGUGCCCACUCACGAGCAACGAAUUAUGGAUAAGAUGAGCAUGGGACGACCUCAUAACGGUUUCGUUCUUGAAGCUUCCCCUCUACCUCAGUUGCCUAUCAAGUCGCUCGGCAAGUUAGAGGAGAGCCCUGGACGUCUUGGGUUCCACGUCAACCUAGACUACCAAACCAGAGAAGAGUCAGCAGUCAACGGUACAGAUCCGUUCAUCCGACGAUCCAACGAUGUAACACCUAAGCCAUUCGUCCUUUUACUUAAUGAGAUUAUGGACCCGGGCAACUUGGGAGGCAUCAUCCGCACUGCUAGUUAUCUUGGUGUGGACGCUGUCUGCAUCACUAAUCGAGGUUCGUCUACACUCACCCCAGUGGUUCUCAAAUCUGCUGUCGGUGCAGUGGAGGAAAUUUCGUUAUUUACCGUUGACGACCCCGUGAAAUUCGUUGAGGAAUCUAGCAAAGCUGGUUGGAAGACUUAUGCCGCAGUGGCACCACCUGACCGAAAGUUGGUUCGAAGACAUGGCGACAAGUUUAUCUCUUUGGAUUCCAUUGAGUCCAGCAGUCCUCUGAACGAACACCCCUGCUUGUUGGUUCUUGGUAAUGAGGGCCACGGUCUAUCAAAGCCUGUCAAGGUCGCUUCUGACUACGAACUAUCGGUUCCUCGAUUUGUUCAGGGAAGCUGUGUCGACAGUUUGAACGUUAGUGUCGCUGCUGGGCUCUUGUGCCAUGCUUUUGUCAAGGAACCAGUGGCCGAGGUCAAGUAUGAGCCGAUCGAGCAAAAGACUGAGGCUCAGAUUGUCGAGUCUACUGAAGUGGAGAGCACAGCCGCUGCUGCAGAGACCAACACGCAGCCCGCUGAACAAGGCCAGGUUGAGUCUGUUACUAUCUCAGAACAAACUGAGACGAAAACAGAAGAGGCCGAAGUUAACACUGAGGAGAAAGAGGCAGAUUCUGAAGGAAAUGACAAGAAGGUUGAGCAAUCUAACGAAACGAUGUUUUAA